GGCUGUAUCGACAAGCUGAAGGACAAGAUAGACGAGUACAUCAUCGCCAUCGCUGUCAUCGCCGUUGUUGUUUUGAUUGUCAUGUUCUGCUGCGUGCUGUUCUCCGUCUACGUCUGCAUGCACGUCAGUAGGAAGGACAUGGUGGUCUAAGUCUGCCGCUGCUCUCUUCCCGGAGAGUCGUGGGGAGACGUGGGGAGUCCCGGGGACCAGCAACCAUUCACAGGAUGGAGAUGAAGUACAGUUGUUGUCUCUGGAUAUAAUAUAAUAUUGUGAGGCAGCGUGGUGAAAUCAGGUGCUCGUCAAAAUAAUGAAAUCUGAGAAAUCUGCAUU